UCUCCGCCCGUUUCAGGAAGCUCCAUGGAAACAGAGGGCUCAGCUGUGCCUCACCGACAGACACCGGCGAACAGACGGGACUGAGUCCGGGCGGGUCGGGGGAUGAGAGCAGCGGGCUGUACGGUUUUACACGUAGCGGCUCGGCAACGGCCGGAGUGGGGGUGUGAGCAGUGGGCGUGUCCGGGGCGGGGCUGCGCGGCUGCUCGGUGUCAGUUACAUGUAUUGUGUAGGGAAAUAAUAGUUCCACUGCGGGCUGACAGACAGCGGGCGGCCCCACGGACUCCCAAGUGACAGCUCUGACCCCCCCCCCCUUGGAGAGGACACAACCCUUCACUGACACAGACAUCCAGGGCCCAGCAUGGAGCAGCUGCCCAGCAACCUUCAGGUCCUGCUCCAGGCAGCCGAGUACGUGGAGAGAAGAGAGCGGGAAGCUGAACAUGGAUAUGCCUCCAUAUUGCCUUGCAACACUGCCACCCCUGGGAGAAGAAAACGACAGAGAACAAACAGCAAUCCAGACAGUGUUAGGUCUGUCCACAAUGAGCUAGAGAAGCACAGGAGAGCACAGCUGCGGAGAUGCCUGGAACAACUGAAGCAGCAAGUUCCUCUGAGUGUGGACACAUCGCGACACACAACACUUAGCCUUUUGCACAGAGCCAGACAACACAUCAAAAAGUUGGAGGAUCAGGAGCUAAAAGCAAAGCAUCUAAAGGAUAAACUGAGAACAGAACAACAGAGGCUCCGACAGAGAUUAAAACAGCUUCUACCCUCCAAUGGCACUGAACGAAUCCGAGCUGACAGCCUUGACUCCUCUGCCUUGUCAUCUGAGAGAUCAGACUCUGAUCAAGAGGAUUUGGAGGUGGAUGUGGAAGGAAUAAUCCUGAAUGGUAAUGAAGGAGACCUAUUUGUGUCUUUCAGUGCUGGUAUGGAGCACAGUUACUCCACUCCUGCUCACGCCUGGUUAUGACGGCAGCAAGCAUGCAAAGACUGGUAAAGCAGUAACAAGUUUUAGCUAGCAAUCUCGGUAGCAGAAACACUUGCAUUGUCUCUCCAAGAAGCGAAGGGGCAAUGAUCACAUUACCUACCCUAUUGUAAAGGGGAACCCAGUGUUUGCAUAGCAGCUCUUUUCAAAUGUUGGACUUCUGCUACCGUCUUACAUGUUUUAUUUUAGGCCCUUGUUAAGAACUUUUAAAUGGUGGGGUAUAAGCCAGUAAUACUAUGGGCACUGGAUCCUUUCUGUUCAGCUAUGCCAUUUAGUUACAUGGAUCAGUUUCGGGUCAAUUAGUUAAAGUACAUAUUACAAGCCGGGGGGCUUGACAGCAUUUUUAAAGAAAGGUAUUCGGAUACAUGACUGGACUAUCUGGCCCGGAAGACUCGCUGUCAGGGCGAGAGAGAGAGAACCUUGAGCAUUAAGUAACCAGCAACUGGUGCUACUGUGAUGAUCUAACUUAUUGUACAAGUUCAAUGCUGGGACGGCCUUCCCCACAUCUCUGUGCACUGGUUGCACUGCUGGAUGUGUGUAAAGAAGCACUUAACUUUGUGUGCACUUCAAGAAGCGCCACAUUUUUAUUUUUGAUCCUUAAUCUGAGCACUUGGAUGCUGCUGGACACCUGAAGAUUUUGUCAAUGCCAUUCUUGUGUUCUCACACCAAAUAAACUUGCCUAACCCGCUGCAAAAAAAAA